CUCUCUGCCAUUCUGUCUCCACCUUUCACCAACCAACUUCACAGAGGUCCUUCCCCUUGAGUGUGAGGAUGUUGAAGAUAUUGAAGAUAUUGGUAGUCCUGAUGUGAAAGCAGAGCUUCCCUCCCACCUCAGCAUCACUAAGGAUGUUAUGGAGCGCUGCAUUCAUCUGCUGUCUGAUCCCAGCCUCAGGCUCCGACUCAAGGUACUGGACGUGCUGGAGUUGUGCCUUCAGGUGCUGAGUGAGAGGGAAAAUGAACUGCUGCCUAUGGCUCAUCGCUGCUGGCCAGCACUCCUGCAGAGACUCACAGCCGAUGACCCAUUAGCAGUCCUCAGAGCCUUCAGGGGCUGCCGUGCAGGUCACCUACAGCUCCACCAGUCACACGUCUGUACGAUCAGGGGAGCCCACUGGAGACAAGUCCACAGGAAGCAUGUGGAAGAUGAUUCUGGUGCUGCGCCUUUAGCUGUGUUAUCAGCUGUGUGCUACUACUACGCCUACAUCGUGUGA